AUGCCGAAUGGAAACGCCACUUACAUAGAUCGCGCCACAACGUUACACAAAGCAUAUAACAUUAUGAUACUAUUAAAACGUGAAGCAAAACGCCACCAAGACCAAAGGAAUGCCGCGAAACGUAACACGGACAAUGCCACACAAAGCUACAAGCCUCCAAAGCCGACACCACUAGCCGUA